CUAGAACUUUCGAUAGAGUGCUAUAAAUUAUUUACAGCAAUGAAAAUACCGCGAGACUUUCAGUAUCUGCAAUCACAGCAAAGUGUAAUGGAUCAUGACAUUGCAUCACAAGUUUCUGGGAAUAUCUCCGAACCACAUCCUUCUGUUUCUGGAGAGUGUUCCAAAUCACAUGCUAUUGUUUAUUCCGCGUCUACUGAGGCUGUUGGUACAUCGACAGACGAAUACGCAAUCUGAGAAUGAAAUCGAGCCAGAUGAGGAAAAUGAUUCUACCGACAAAGAUAAUUAAAAAAACUACUCAAAAAA